AUGACGAUUAAGGAGAAGGAAAGGAAACAGCGAAAUAUGUCGCGCCUAAGUACUUCAUCGCAUUCAACAUCAGCUUCGAAUAUAGCCAACGAGGAAGCGGAGCAGGUUAAUGCAGGAGUAUGGUGGGGUCUGAACGAGCCCUUUUCGGAGCUGGGGAAGUGGCGGCAACAGUUCAAAAUGCUGAUGGUGACGGGAGUGCCCAUCCUUGCCUUACUGGCCAUCUCCAUUUAUUCUCUGCAGGAGGGCACGCAGGAGAGGCUUGAUUUGGUUGAGGCUCGCGAGACUGUCCACUUCACGGUGCAGGUUGGCUGGCUCAUUCACCUCCUUCAGAGAGAAAGGGACAUGUCCGUAGUGUACCUCUCCAACAACAUGGGGGCAAACACCCAGACCCUGCUGUCAGAACUGUGGAGCUCCACCGAUAAAGAACUUGAGGACUUGCCCGACUGGCCAGUGAAUGUUGACAAAGAAAAAGGACGCGCGGAAUUCGAGAAUAAGAAAGCCUUCAAAAAACACUUAGACGAGCACAGGAGUAAUCUCAGAAUCAAUACGGCGUCUUUGAAUGGCGAGAUCGUCUUUUAUACGUCACCCAUGAGAAUCUUUAUGAACUGGUUGACCGAUUCUUUGAAGAAGUCGGAGCAUGGAACGCUUUGGAAGACACUGGUAGCGUACCAAAAGAUCAUCUUGUGUAAGAUCGAGGCCGGAGUGGAACGCGCGCUGGGAGAGCUGUACUUCAGUAAUCACGGAUUCCUGAACAGAGCGGAAUUUGUAUGGUACAUCAAGGAGCAUAACGCCUACAAGGCCUACUUUCAGUUGGCGCAGCAGUAUUCGACACUAGUGACACCAGUGCUGCAGAGCAGAACUAACACAACGACCGGACAGAACGUGAUUGACAGCAUCUCUUCUAUGAGAGAGCUAAUCUUUUAUCAGCGGAUUUCCGAGGCAAAUACGGGAAAGAAAUGGUGGUUUAGUAACAUGACCGCCUACCAGGAGGUGCUGCUUACCAUUCAGACCGAUUUAGCAAGCCUCAUCUUUAAUCAAAUCAACGAAUACACUUCCGAGACUGACACGAAUGUUGCAAUCAGUUGCGUCAUGAUGGGGCUGGCCAUCUGCAUGUUCCCGCUGUUGCUGCGCUCCGUCCGACAGACGACAGGAGACAUGCAGCGCUACGCUAUCAUCCUAGCGGACAAAACGAAAGACCUAAACCGCGAGAAGAGGCGCACGGACCAGUUACUCUAUCAGAUGCUACCGAGACCAGUUGCGGACCAGUUAAAGAAUGACGAGUCGGUGAAUGCUGAGUAUUACAAGGAGGUUUCCAUUAUGUUCUCGGGAAUCGUCGGUUUCAACUCGAUUUCUGCCGAACUGGCCCCGAUUGACAUCGUGUCCUUGUUAGGCAGCCUGUACACAACCUUGGAUGAGGUCCUGGAGCGCCACGACGUGUACAAGGUGGAAACUAUCGGAGACACAUACAUGGUGGCUUCAGGUCUACCAACCAGAAUUGGCGAUACCCACGUCUCAGAGAUUGCCAACCUCUCCCUUGACAUACUGAGCGUGGCUAGCAGGCACAUCGCGGGCUGCCCAACAGGCACUAUACGACUACGUAUUGGGAUCGACGUGGGUCCGGUAAUGGCUGGUGUUGUCGGCCUGAAGAUGCCUCGGUAUUGCCUCUUCGGGAACACGGUCAACGUGGCAUCCAGGAUGGAAACGAACGGCUUACCAAAUCGUAUCCACAUCAGCAGUCGACUCAAUGAACUUCUUCAGGUCGUUGGUGGAUAUGACAUACAGCCCCGUCAACCACAAGUCAAUAUCAAGGGCAAGGGUCUCAUGAGCACGUUCUGGUUGUGCGGCAGCCCAACUCAUUCUACCAACGGUAACGAGGGAUCCCUCCCCCGCAUGAAUAAUGUGGGCGAGGUCAGGAUGGGCAUCGAGACUUCUAAUAACAAGAUCUAUCGGCCUGGGACGAUCGUGAACCUGGGCCAGCCCAAGCAGGGACUCUUAGGAGGCCAGCCGACGAAUUAUAGCAUCAACAGAACUGGAACGUCGUCUCCGCCUAUCCUACAGCUGACGGAGGGCUAUGAUUAUUGA